AUGCGUGAAGAGAAAAACACUGAUCAUAAUAAUCCACGUGAUGAUGCUCAUGAUAUGCACAUCCGAAGACGUCGUCAUUCACAAUCACUCGAUCAUAACACGAUCAUGCUAAUUGACCAGUUAAACUGGAAUGAAAACACCUUAAGAGGUAAGUUUGAUCAUCUGACUCAAUGCGAAUGUGGAAUAACAUUUGGUGGUCACGCUCACAAUGAUCAAUGUAUUAAAGCAGAUGAAGUGAUUCAUCGAGUGAAUUCAUUCUAA